AGCCCACUUUUAUUUUUAAGCAUGGCCUCCUUGAGACUUUCCACUUGCUUGCUUUUGUGUGGUGUACUGAUCACCUGGUGUCAAAUUCCCGGAGGUCACAUGCCAGUACCGGUGGACAGAGCUGAUGUCAAAGAAGCUGCAAAGUUUGCAAUUGAUGAAUACAACAAGAUCUCUAAUGAUAAAUAUCUCUCCAUACUGAAAGAAAUUACAAAAGCUGAAACUCAGGUAGUUGAAGGAGUCAUUUACUACAUGGAUGUUAUGAUCGAGCGUACAAGGUGUGAGAAAGACCAGGGUUUAAAUUCUAAUUGUUCUUAUUGUCAAGGACAGAAACUGUGUCAUUUCAAAGUACUGGAAGUUCUCUGGAAACACUAUACUGAACUUCUGGAAAGCCAGUGUGAUGAGAUAAUAGGUCAUUGGGUAAGCCUACUUUAACAGUGGGUUUGUGAUCUUUAUGUUAAAUUCUACUGUAUAUUUAAAUCCAAAGAAUCUGAACAUAGUUCAGUUUUCGGACAUGAAUAUGGAAAUAAAUGAAUAUCUUCACAGUAUGUCAAAAAUCUGACAA